AUGAAGGCUAAUGCAAGGCUUCCGAGUCUCGUGGAUCAGACAGGAGCCACCUAUGUUACAGAUGCUGAUAAAGCUAGAGCUCUUGCUAUGCAUUUUGCAAACGUUUUUUCUUCAAACUGCAGCGAUACCAUUCCAGAAAUUGUUGGCAUAGCUCCUGUCCAACAACAGUGCAGUAACUCGUUUUUCCACCCUACUGAUAUUUACAAACACCUAAAAUCUCUUAAGCCGUCGGUUAGUGAAACGUAUGAUGGAAUCCCACCUAUUGUAUAUAAGGAGUGUGCUGCUACUUUAUCUCCUCCUCUAGCUCACAUCUUUAACAUCUCAUUAUCAUUAAGUGAAGUCCCACAAGUCUGGAAAAACGUCAUUGUCACAGCCAUUCCAAAGUCUCCACGUACAAAUUUACUGAAUAAUUACCGUCCUAUUAGCUUACUACCAACGCCGGUGAAAGUGAUGGAAAAAAUAAUCAGGAAUAAACUAUUAUCUUGGCUAAAAAAGUUUCAUCUAAUUCCCAGUGAACAAAAUAGGUUUAUUGCAGGCGCUUCGACAUGUACUAAUCUAAUUGAUAGUGUUUUUGACUGGCCUCUAGCUUUGAACCAAGGUAAAUCGAUAGAUGUAGUAUACAUUGACCUGUCAAAAGUUUCCGAUAAAGUAUGCUACUUGAAACUAGUUGCUAAACUCCAUUACUUCGGAAUACGGGGCCAUAUUUUAGACUGGAUGAUCUCUUAUGCUAACAUGAGAAGUGUGACAGUCAAAGUUGGCCAUAGAUACUCAGCCAAAUUCCCUUGCACGAGUGUAGUUCCACAAGGUGGAGUUCUGUCCCCUCUAUUAUUUCUUAUCUACACAGUCGACCUACCAAGUGUGCUCAGAACUUCUCCGCUUGUGAAAGUCCAAAUGUACGCUGAUGACAUUAAGAUUUACGGCAUCUAUGAUGAUGAGAAUUCCCAUGAAGUACGUGCUGCACCUCAAACGUCACUAGCUAGGAUGUCUGACUGGGCUUCUAAAUGGGAUUUGCGCAUUAACUAUGACAAGUCCCUGGCUAUGAAUUUGGGUAAAGGGGAUGUGGCUGAGUAUAGUAUGACUGGAGUAACUCUUAACGCAUGUAAAUCUGUAAGAGACUUAGGAAUUUUUGUCGAUGAUAACCUCAACUUCUCUGAACACAUUGAUCAUGUUGUACGAAAAGCAUACUCUUCCCUUUUUCGCCUUUUUCGGAUUGCCCACACCAGUAAUCCAACUAUUCUCACUCGCUUAUACAAAUCGUUCGUCUUACCUCAUCUUGACAUGGCUCUCAUAUUUGGAGCCCCUCAAAGAAGAAGCACAUAG